CCUGAGCGUUAUAAGCUUGUUUGUGCGUGUUGCCUACGUGUCUGACUUCACCCAAGCAGAAAACCGUCCCUCCCAUUUUGUGUGUGUAUCUGUCCGAAUGGCUUCGCCAACGCAGCAAUUGCCUCCAGGUUGGGCAGCGGAGUGGGAUGCCGCUAACCAGAGAUAUCUUUUCAUAGAGACAGCGACGGGCAGGACCCAGUGGGAACCACCCUUACAUGCCCCAACUGCCCCCAUAGAUGAACACGGCCCUUCAGUUUCACCGCCCCCGACACAUCACAUCCCAAAGCGUCGUCAGUAUGCCGCGGGACAGACCCAGGCAUACUAUGGCACCACGGAUGGCUUUGUGGAACCAUCCUACGGUGCGGCGGGUGUUAUGGGACCCCAAACUCAACAGCCGGUAGCUUCAGGGCCUCUCUUCACUCCUGGUUUGGCUGCCGAGCAGCAGUUCGCAGCCCAACAGCAACAACCACUAUACCAAGCACCACCCUCCCACGAGCCUCAGUACGUCAACGCUCCGGCAUUCGGCCAAGAACCUGCCUACUAUCCUCCGUCUGCGCCAGUCAACCAGCUCGCCGACCAAUUUGGCCAGAUGGGAUUCGGCCAGAAGCCCUUGCAGCUUUACACUACCAACCUUCUCACUUCACCCCCGGACCCGCGUGAGCUGUCUCAUCCACCCCCGGAAAUUCGGCUGCCGCCCAAUUCGUGUAUCACCGCAUCUCCGUACGCCAAUGCCGACUACACCUACCAGCGCUGCACCUUAAAUGCGAUACCCACGACAUCAUCGCUUCUGAGCAAGGUCAAGAUACCACUUGCGCUUGUGAUUACGCCAUAUCGUGGUGUAAAAGAUGGUGACCUUCCUGUACCGCUAGUCACUGACACUGUCAUCGCCCGGUGUAGGCGGUGCAGGACUUACAUAAACCCGUAUGUUCAGUUUAUUGACGGAGGCAAUCGUUGGCGAUGCUGCAUGUGUAACAUGACGAACGAGGUCCCACAGUUAUUCGACUGGGAUCAAGUGCGUAAUCAACCCGGCGAUAGAUGGUCCCGCGACGAGCUCAACCAUUCCGUCGUCGAGUUUGUGGCGCCAACUGAGUAUAUGGUCCGACCCCCUCAACCGGCGGUUUAUGUCAUUUUAAUCGACGUCAGUCAUACCGCUAUUCAGUCUGGCAUGGUUGCUACUGCAACGCGAACGAUCCUGGAAAGCCUUGACCGCAUUCCCAAUGAAGGCCAACGCACAAAGAUCGCUAUUAUUGCUUAUGACACGUCAUUAUACUUCUUCUCGAUGCCGCCCGGCACCACGGAGUCGACAAUGCUAGUUGUUUCGGACGUCGAUGAUGUUUUCCUACCCAAGCCCACUGACCUUCUAGUUAACUUGUCGGAGGCCAAGGAAUCUUUAGAGGCUCUUUUGACGAGGAUCAAUGACAUGUUCCAGGAUAAUCACACGGUUGGUAGUGCGAUGGGACCUGCGCUUCAAGCUGGUUUUAAGUUGAUGGCGCCAAUUGGCGGCAAGAUCAUCGUUCUGUCUGCUUCGCUGCCCAACGUGGGUGCAGGAGCCCUUAAAAACCGCGAAGAUCCCAAGAUUUUGGGAACAUCCAAGGAGUCGGGCUUGCUUCAGCCCGCUUCGCCGUUCUACAAGACCUUUGCGAUCGAAUGCUCGCGCGCGCAGGUCUCGGUUGACAUGUUCCUAUUCAGUGCCUCAUAUCAAGAUGUCACCAGUCUUGCGUGCCUUCCUCACUAUACUUCGGGUCAAACGUUCUUCUACCCUGCAUUCAGCGCCUCGCGUUCCGAGGACGCAAUCAAGUUUGCUCACGAAUUUGGUGAGAUCCUGGCGAUGCCAAUCAUGCUAGAGGCGGUGAUGAGGGUCCGUGCCUCAAAAGGUCUACGCAUGUCAUCUUUCCAUGGAAAUUUCUUCGUUAGGUCUACUGACCUCCUUGCGAUGCCGGCAGUCCCUAUGGAUCAAUCAUAUGCGAUUGAAGUUCAGAUCGAGGAAACCAUCACUGCACCAUUCGUUGUUUUCCAGACCGCCGUACUCCAUACGACGUGUUAUGGAGAACGCCGUAUCCGCGUUAUUACGCUCGCAUUGCCCACCACAAGCAGCCUAUCGGAGCUUUUCGCCUCUGCGGAUCAAGUGGCAAUCGCAACCUUCUUGGCCAAUAAAGCUGUCGAACGCUCGAUCACGCACAAACUAGAAGAUAGUAGAGAUGCAGUCAUGCAGAAACUAGUUGAGAUUUUGUCGUCCUACAAGAGCAGCAUGACGGCCGCAGGUGCGGGCGCGAGUGCUCAGUUGGCAAUUUCGGAAAACCUCAAGAUGCUACCGCUUUUGGUCCUCGGGCUUCUAAAGAAUGUUGGGAUACGCCAAAGCGCUCAAAUUCCUCCCGAUUUGAGGGCUUACGCGCAAUGCUUGCUGACCUCGCUUCCGUCACAACUUCUUGUCCCGUAUAUACACCCCAACUUCUACUCACUGCAUAAUAUGCCACCCGAGGCUGGGACGGUGGGCGAAAAUGGAGUCAUCUUGCCAGUUCCGUUACCUUUGACUUCCGAACGGCUUGAACGACACGGUCUCUAUCUGAUUGAAGAUUCUCAAAACAUGUUCCUUUGGGUUGGUCGGGAUGCUGUGCCAAACCUUGUAGAGGACGUGUUCAACCUUCCCAGUUAUGAAGUGCUGCGGGGCGGCAAGACAACCCUUCCGGUCCUCGACAAUGACUUCUCACAGCGAGUAAAUGCAAUCAUCCAAAAAAUACGCGAGAUACGCCGCGGGGUUUAUUAUCCGCAUCUCUAUGUGGUUAAGGAAGAUGGCGAGCCUCCACUGCGCCUUUGGGCCCUUAGCUGCCUCAUUCAAGAUCGUGCCGACGUUUUACCGAGCUACCAACAGUUUAUCGGACAGAUCAGGGACAAGGUCAACGGAGCAGGCACUUACUAACGGAAUCUUGGAGGCUUAUUUUGUGAGGGUGUACCGCUUCAGCUUGCUAUGGCGGACAGGAGUGAUAUAUUUCAACUUGUUUUUUUUUCUCCGCUUAUGUUAUUCUGGUGAUGUCCUAACUCGAUAAGCCGUGAAUACACUGAACUAACUUGCCCACCUGAAUUCGGGGCGACGCUGAAGAUCUUCAUGUCGGCUGGCAUGCCGUGUGUGUUUUAAGUACCCCCAGCUCGACUGGCUAUGACAAAACACCUUCGUGUCGUCCCAAAGCU